AUGUUGUUUACUUUUAACUUGUGCAGAAUGGCCAAGAGUUACUUCAAGCAAGAACAUGAUCUUGAGAAGAGACGGGCAGAGGCUGCUAGGAUCAGAGAGAAAUACCCGGAUAGAAUUCCAGUGAUUGUGGAGAAGGCAGAAAGAAGUGAUAUCCCAAACAUUGAUAAGAAAAAGUACCUUGUCCCAGCCGACCUAACUGUUGGACAAUUCGUUUAUGUUAUCCGCAAAAGGAUUAAGUUGAGUGCAGAGAAGGCUAUCUUUAUAUUUGUGGACAAUGUACUCCCACCUACAGGUGCAAUCAUGUCUGCCAUAUAUGAAGAGAAGAAGGAUGAAGACGGGUUUCUUUAUGUCACUUACAGCGGUGAGAACACUUUUGGUUAUCAGGUUCCGCUGUAG